GAUGGCGGCGGGGGAGACGGUGAAGGUUGCCGCCUGCCCCUCCGGGCGCUAGUCCGCGCUCUCCGCGUCCCCCGGCGGCCGGCCCAUGGCCUGGCGGAAGCCCGGACCAUGGACCUCCGCACCGCCGUGUACAACGCCGCCCGCGACGGCAAGCUGCAGCUGCUUCAGAAGCUGCUCAGCGGCCGGAGCCGGGAGGAGCUGGACGAGCUGACGGGCGAGGUGGCCGGCGGGGGGACGCCGCUGCUCAUCGCCGCGCGCUACGGCCACUUGGACGUGGUCGAGUACCUGGUGGACCGGUGCGGCGCGAGCGUGGAGGCGGGCGGCUCGGUGCACUUCGAUGGGGAGACCAUCGAGGGCGCGCCGCCGCUGUGGGCCGCCUCGGCCGCCGGCCACCUGGACGUGGUGCGCAGCCUGCUGCGCCGCGGGGCCUCGGUGAACCGCACCACGCGCACCAACUCGACGCCCCUGCGCGCCGCCUGCUUUGACGGGCACCUGGAGGUGGUGCGCUACCUGGUGGGCGAGCACCAGGCCGACCUGGAGGUGGCCAACCGGCACGGGCACACGUGCCUCAUGAUCUCCUGUUACAAGGGCCACCGCGAGAUCGCCCGCUACCUGCUGGAGCAGGGCGCCCAGGUGAACCGGCGCAGCGCCAAGGGCAACACGGCCCUGCACGACUGCGCCGAGUCCGGCAGCCUGGAGAUCCUGCAGCUGCUGCUGGGGUGCAAUGCUCGCAUGGAGCGCGACGGCUACGGCAUGACCCCCCUGCUGGCGGCCAGCGUCACGGGCCACACCAACAUCGUGGAGUACCUCAUCCAGGAGCAGCCUGCCGGCGAGGAGGUGCAGCCGGGGCCGUCCGGAGAGGGCCCCUCGGCCGCCGGCCCGGGGUGCGCGCCGCCGCAGGGGGCCCGCGGCUGUGGCUCCUCCCCAGAGGAGCCGCUGAGCGAUUCCUACGAGAGCUGCUGCCCCACCAGCCGGGAGGCUGCCGUGGAAGCUCUAGAGUUGCUGGGAGCCACGUAUGUGGAUAAGAAGCGGGAUCUGCUCGGGGCCCUGAAGCACUGGAGACGGGCUAUGGAGCUGCGGCACCAGGGCGGAGCGUAUCUGCCCAAGCCAGAGCCCCCGCAGCUGGUCCUGGCCUAUGACUAUUCCAGGGAGGUAACCACCACCGAGGAGCUGGAAGCGCUGAUCACUGACCCCGAUGAGAUGCGCAUGCAGGCCCUGUUGAUCCGGGAGCGCAUCCUGGGCCCUUCUCACCCAGACACUUCCUAUUACAUCCGCUACCGGGGUGCGGUGUACGCCGACUCGGGCAAUUUUGAGCGCUGCAUCCGCCUGUGGAAGUACGCCCUGGACAUGCAGCAGAGCAACCUGGAGCCCCUGAGCCCCAUGACUGCCAGCAGCUUCCUGUCCUUUGCCGAACUCUUCUCUUAUGUGCUCCAGGACCGGGCGGCCAAGGGCAGCCUGGGCACACAGAUCGGCUUUGCAGACCUCAUGGGGGUGCUGUGCAAAGGAGUGCGGGAAGUGGAGAGGGCCCUGCAGCUGCCCAAGGAACCUGGGGACUCGGCCCAGUUCACCAAGGCCCUGGCCAUCAUCCUCCACCUGCUCUACCUGUUGGAGAAAGUGGAGUGCACGCCGGACCAGGAGCACCUGAAGCACCAGACCGUCUACCGGCUGCUGAAGUGUGCCCCCCGAGGCAAGAAUGGCUUCACGCCUCUGCACAUGGCCGUGGACAAGGACACCACCAACGUUGGCCGCUACCCGGUGGGCCGAUUCCCCUCCCUCCAGGUGGUCAAGGUGCUGCUUGACUGUGGGGCUGACCCGGACAGCCGGGACUUUGACAACAACACCCCACUGCACAUAGCGGCCCAGAACAACUGCCCCGGGAUCAUGAACGCCCUCAUCGAAGCGGGUGCCCACAUGGAUGCCACCAAUGCCUUCAAGAAGACCGCCUACGAGCUGCUGGAUGAAAAGCUGCUGGCCAAGAGCACCAUUCAGCCCUUCAACUAUGUCACCCUGCAGUGCCUUGCAGCCCGCGCCCUGGACAAGAACAAGAUCCCCUACAAGGGCUUCAUCCCUGAGGAGCUGGAGGCCUUCAUUGAGCUACACUGACGGGGUUCAGAGAGAGGAGAAUCCGGGAGGGGCGGAGCCCACGCGUGCUCUCACCCUCUCUUCAUGAGCCCUUGGGUGGCGUGACAUAGAAGGGCUCUCUAGCCUCCGCAGCCCCGUCACAUCUGCGGGGAGGGGAAAGGAACUAGCAGGUUGUUGGUGCUCACAGCCUUCAGGAUCGUGUGUUCAAAGAGCUGUUUUUGGCCAGCCAACGGGCCAGUCUUUCAUCAGGAGAAGAUGCACGCCCUUCCCCGCAUCCCAUCUGCCUGGGUUCCAGAGGAUUUCGCCUCCUUGCCUGGAGGCAGAGGAAUUGAAGCUUUUGCCUUCUUUCUCUCCCAGCAACAGGAAGAAGCUGAGAAUCGGGUCCAUGCUUCUCUGCCCCUACAUUGCCAGAGAAACCCAGCCGCCAAAAGCAGCGUCGGGACCGGGGGCUCCUGAGGUCAAAAGUUGGAGACUCGAGAAGCAAGACUGACUCCCUUCUUCCAGCAGCACACUUGCACCCCGCUCCCUGCUACGCCACCGUGACCACGGCCUGUGAGCCCAUGGGCCGGGCUCCCUGCCCUGGGCAGCCUGCUCCUCGCAUUGCUUUCGUUGGUUUGGUGUUCUCUUGAUUCAUGAGUGGGCAGGUUACACGUGGGGCACAGGAGUCCCGAGGUUUUGCUGCCAUAUAUUUUUUUCUUUUUUAAAGAAUGUUUUGUCAGAUUUAAGAAGUUAAUUUCACACAGGGAGGUUUCCGUCGUGCCUGAGAUGGCAAGGCUAUCAGGAGUGAGCUUUGCGGUGUGGAGAAUUUGGUGAGGCAGGUAGAAGUCCCCAGCGUCGGGCCCAAAAGUAAGAGUGACUACGUCUUUUUUUAAAACUUCACUCAUUUGCCUUCUACUCGGGCUUCCCGACGUUCUCAUUAGCAAGAGAAGCAUUUUCCAGAUGCUGAGGGAGCUGGUGUGGCGUCUCUCCCCCACCCAGUGAGAACUAGCGUGGCUGGCUUGGGUACGGUUCUCACAAUUACUGAGUCCAAAAACGGCAGGCUGCCUCAGCCUCGCAGAUCCCAAGUGAUGGGCAGCCCAGCGGCUCUAGCCAUUUUUUUUUUUUUUUUUUGUAGCUGCUUGAAAGCCUGGAUCCAGGCGUUCCCGAGCAGAUUGCAAGUACGCUGCUGAGUCAGCCAGGUAAGACGGUGAAUGUCCACAAGUUGCCAACUGCAGAAUCUUGGUUUCCCAUCCCUCAGGGUCUCGUGCCCGUGCUGGAGAAACUGCCGCCUCGAGAUCUUGCGAUCUCUGGAGCGACCCUGCACAUACCCCGGCAGCCAGCCGCAAAGCAGGGGACAGUAGAAGGGGACAGAAGCAGCUGCUCAGGAGAGGGGGACAUCGGGAGAGGGGCGUCCUCCCCUCCCCGCACCUUUCCCGCAGCCUCGGCGGGCGGCCGCAACACAGCCCCGUGUGGGGCCCCUGGGUGUCCCUCCCCUCCAAGGAAACUCGGCCUCGUUUGGAUUUGCAGUGUUAGUUAGGACAUUAUUUAUUUACAAGGCCAGGCUUGACCUCCUGUUGAGGCAGGAAACAGUCACUGUCCCUUGAAGGCACGGAAUAAAGCAAUGAGGCAGUUUACG